CCUGACAAGCCAGCCGGCGGGCUCGCGCGGCCGAGGUCAAACUCGCUCGUCAUCGCUUUCGCAAAUUUGGGCCACCAGCCUUUUGCUCGCCGGCUGGCCGCGUAGCACCUGCUGCCGCCCCCAUAACUCAUAAUAGAUGUUGUGGUGCCUAGAACGGGGGCCAGAUGGCGCCGGCAAAGCGGCGCAGUGCUCGGGCCGGCCAUGUCAACGUUGCGUCGGGCCCUGGCGCCGCUGCAGCCGCUGGGCGCUCGGCCGGCGCCUCUCCUGCGGCGUCUCCUGCCAUUAAACGCUUCAAAUACCGCCAGUAUGAGGAUCGGCAGUUUUGGGUUGCCUGUGCGGACCUGAAGCAGCAGGAGCGGCUUUACAAAGCCCGCCAGCGGCACCACGAGCCGUCGCAGCGGGAGGCGUGCGAAGCAGCUGGCUUCCCCCGGACCACGUUCAUCACCUGGUGGAUCAAGCUGCAAUGCGCAGCGCGGUCGGAGGAGGAGUGCAUCACGUAUGCGGCUGGGCAGCCGUGGGCGCCGCCGCAGCAGCAGUCGCCAGUGGCACAGGCCGUGGCGGCGCUGGAGGCGGAGGCGCGGAUGGAGGAAGCCUCACCUGCACGUGUCGCCAUGCAGGCGCACGGCGCCAGGCAGGCGCCCAUGUCCCCCACGGUAUCUGGCGGCAGGGCGGGUCCAGCUGCGGCUGCAGGAGAGGCCAUGGCAGAGGCUGUUGAUCAGCACGCAGUGGCUAAGCAGGCGGCAGCCGCACCAGAGGCGGCCGAGGUACAGCUCGCGGCGGAACCGCAAGUUGCGCCGCGUGUGCAGCGCCCGGGGCACCCAACACUGCUGCUGCCAGAGGAGGAGGAGGCGGUGGUGGUGUCGCUAGAGUAUCACAACGAUCACGGGCUGUCAGUGUCACGGCAGCAGGUGGCGGGCCUCAUCUUCAACAUCGUGCGGGCGCGCGAGCGGGAGGUACCGACUGCCUGGCUGCUGGCCGGUCGCCCCAGCAACAAGUGGUACAAGGGCUUCGAGAAGCGCUGGAGACACCGCAUCCGGCUGCGCAAGUCGGACCCGCUGGAGCACUCCCGCCUCACGCUGUACAAGGAGCAGGUGGACUCCUUCUACACCGUCCUGCAGCGGGAGGAGGCCGAGCUGGCGGCGGAGGGCAUCAGCAUUACCGCGGACAUGUGCUGGAACCUGGACGAGACGUGCUUCAUGCCGGACGGGAGCGCAACCAAGGUGUAUGCGCGGCGCGGCAGCCACCAGUCAUACACCCUUGGCAAGACCAACCGCGAGAGCGUGACCAUCCUCAUCGCCAUCUGCGCCGACGGCAGUCACGCGCCACCGCUGGUCAUCACCAAGGGCACGGACAACAAGCCGCCGCACUGGUGGGCAGACUGCGCCGCGGAUCUGGCGGGCACCGCCUUUGAGCACGCCACUUGCGUGCAGCAGGCCAACGCGUACAUGAACAAUGUCAUCUUCCUGCGAUGGUUCCAGCAGAAGUUCCUCCCAUACACCGCGGUGCUCCGCGCGGACAAGUUCGUCAUCCUCGUCCUCGACAACUUCGCCGCCCACGUGCACGUCGACGUGUUGGACCUCGCCGCCGCCAACCGUGUCCACGUCAUCGGCCUGCCGCCGCACAGCACUCACGUGCUGCAGCCGCUGGACCGCACAUGCAUGCACUCCCUCAAGCUGAACUACACCAACAACCUGCAGAGCUGGCGCAUGAUCCCCGGCAACGAGCUGCGCACCGUGCGGCCCAAGGACAUCAUGCACAUCCUCACGCACGUUUGUGCCGGCGGCGCGGUGGCCGAGCUGCGCAAGGAGAAGAACGUGAAGGUGGAGUCGCCCUGGUCGGUCGGCCUGAGCCCCAAGAACAUCACGCAGGGCUUUAAGGUCACCGGCAUCUGGCCACUGGACCCCACCGCAACUGCCGUGUACCGCGCGCCGCUGCCGAGCCUGGAGGCGGUUAAGGCGGUUGCAGCUCAGGUGGAGGCGCGCAAGGCGGCGGCGGCGGCAGCAGCUGCGGCCACGGCGGCUGCAGCUGUCGCCACGGCUGCUGCAGCUGCGGCGACGGCUGCUGCAGCCGCGGCGACGGCUGCUGCUGCUGGGGGCGGUGCUGGCGCGGGUGGUGCACUCGCCGCAGCUGGCGGCGGUGGCGGCGCCGUGGCGGGAGGGCUGGUGAUGCUUGCAGCAGCGGCUGCUGCAGCUGAGGGCGGCACGGGUGGCAGCGGGACUGGCGCGGGCGAGGGCGGGGAGCCUGGGCAGGGGCAGACCGUGACAGGGACUGGCGCAGUCACGGCGGAAGGCGCUGUGCAGCUGGGUGCCGGGCCUGGGGCAGCGCCGCGUGGUGGUGGCCCUGGGGCUGGCUUCCGCCGUGCCGCCGCUGCACUCACAGCUGCUGCAGCGCAGCAGGCAGGUGACGAUGAUGACACGGUGGCGUCAGACCAGAGCCCCAGCGGCAGCCGUGCUGGCUCGCCGUUGCCCCCGGAGCCAGUGACGCUGUUAGAGCGGCGAAAGGCAGCCUACGACAUUACUGCAGCAGCUCACAGCGAGGCUGCAGCAAAGGAGGUGGCGCUUCGGGAGCAGCUGGCGGCGCAGCGCGCAGCAGUCACCUCGGCGCAUGGCGCGAUGGCUGCAGCGGCAGCAGCUUGGUCGGAGGUGGGCGGCACGCCGCCGCCGCUGCCCCCAGCGGCCGUCCACACUCCUGUCACGGAGGCGCGGCCUCCCGUACCCUCGCUGCAGCAGCUUGUGCAGGGGCCUGCGCAUCGCCUCGAGUUCGCGCUGUCUCAGACGGUGCUCAACAAGCAGGCGGCGGGCGCAUCGCUGCUUACAGCAAGCGAGCACCGGGCUGUGAAGCGGGCGGAGCUCCAAACGAAAGAGCGGCUGCAGGCGGAGAAGGACGCGCGCAAGGCUGCGCGCGCGGCAGCAAAGGCGGCGAAGGCGGCAGCCGCUGCAGCAGCUGGACCCAGUCGGGGGCGCGGUCGUGGUCGGGGUCGAGGGCGUGGUCGGGGGCGUGGCCGGGGUGCGGCGCAGCAGGAUGAGCAAGGCGGCGCGGUGGCGGCAGAGCAGGGACUGCCUGCUGCUGUAGAGCCCGCCGGCGUGGCGGUGGCAGCUCAGCCGCCGGCUGUACCUGGCUCGGGAAGAGGCCGUGGCCGGCGUGGCCGCGGCCCCGGCCGUGGGCGUGGUCGCAGCCGCACUGCCGCCGGUGAUGACUCUGAGCCUGAACAGCUGCUUGGCGGCGCGGCGGGCGAAGAGCAGGAGUCGGACGACGGGGCCACUGUUCCCGACCAGCAGCGGCAGUGCCCACAGCGUGCACGGCGGGCGCCUGUGUGGAUGCAACACGGGGCAGCUGCUGGCGGCGGGGCGGCUGGCUCUGAUGCGGGGGGAGAUGACGGCUCGGAUUACAAGGCCAGCGGCGAAGGCAGUAGCAGCAGCAGUGGCGACGAGGAGGAUGAGGAGGACUUCUUCACUGAGGAGAGCGACAUGGACGCAUAAGCCUCCCUCCCUAGGACCAGCAACACAGUAGCACUAGCACAUGCAAACAUGUGUGGCUGGUAGCACAACCACAGCAGGAUGGCCAAUCUUCUUUCACUUUGAGUGUGCCGGGUGUGACAAGGGCGUGUGCAGGAUGUCUUUGGGACUGUGUUGAACUUCAUGCGGCAAAGCUUCUCUGAGAUGCAGGGUCAGGGCGCUGCAAUAUGCGCAUGUAUGUGGCGCGGACUUGCACGAGCGUGGGACCCAGCAUGAGUGUGGGACCCAGCCGGGACCCUGGCUUUGGGUUCGUCCGUCAUGGCACACGGUUGCGGGCGGAUGGUUGUGGGCGCGCCCCGCGGCAGCUGGACUAUGCAGGCGUAAUGGGGUUGUUGGCUCGGGGGCGCGCCUCAGCUGAACGUUCUGAGCUGGUCAUGUCGCGACAUUCGCGACAUUCGGGCAAGCGAGUCGUUGCGAGAGCCGUUUUGCCAGCCCGAGCGAGUCAAUUGCAAUCAUAUGUAGCAAAGAUCAUAGCACAA